UCAGCAGUUGGUCAGCGUAAAAGUGCGCCGUCUAUUUUAAAUUCGUAAUGAAAAUUGAAUACUUCACUUAAAUUUAAAUACACGGGGAGAUUAUUUAGGAAGACUGCAUCAAAAUGUAGUCCUCUGAUUUUUCUCUUCCGGGCAAUAUAAAGAUUUAAAAAUUAUUUUCAACAAUAUAAAAAUGUUGGGCCGAAAGCAAAGUUUAAAGGGCGAACCAAUACUUGCCGAUUACGGCCCAGAAGAAUCACUAAAUGAAAGCGCUGAUAUCGAAUGGGUAAAUAAGUUAUGGGUUAGAAGAAUUUUAAGAUUUUGUGCGCUCCUAAGUUUAAUGUCCGUUUCCCUGAACACGCCGAAGUCCUUCGAAAAAUAUCCUUAUCUUCAGAUAACAACUUUUGUGGUAGACUGUUGUGUUACACUUCUUUUUACAGCUGAAAUGAUAGCAAAAAUGCAUAUUAGAGGAAUACUGAAGGGUGAUGUUGCAUACUUAAAGGAUCACUGGUGCCAAUUUGAUGCUUCUAUGGUGUUUUUCCUCUGGGUGUCAGUGCUGCUGCAGAUGUUUGAGCUGACAGGGAUUGUGCCAAGAUACAGUUACCUCAGUAUACUCAGAGCUCCUAGGCCUUUGAUUAUGAUCAGAUUUUUAAGGGUAUUUCUGAAAUUCUCUAUGCCAAAGUCAAGGAUUAACCAAAUUUUUAAGCGAUCAAGUCAGCAGAUUUAUAAUGUAACAUUAUUUUUCUUGUUCUUCAUGUCACUGUAUAGUUUAUUGGGAGUUCAGUUUUUUGGUGAAUUAACACAUCACUGUGUUAGAAAUAAUACUGAUCCAAAUGAAAUAACUAUAAAUUCUCUUGCAAUUCCUGAUACAUUCUGUUCACCGGAACCUAACUCUGGCUAUCAAUGUCCUUCUGGAAUGAAAUGUAUAAAAUUAAACCUUUCCAAAUAUAUCAUGGGAUUUAAUGGUUUUGAAGAAUUUGCUACAAGUUUAUUUACUGUUUAUCAAGCAUCUUCACAGGAAGGAUGGGUUUUUAUAAUGUACAGGGCUAUUGAUUCUUUACCAGCAUGGAGAUCAGCACUAUACUUUAGCACUAUGAUAUUUUUCUUAGCUUGGUUGGUAAAAAAUGUGUUCAUAGCAGUAAUAACGGAAACUUUUAAUGAAAUAAGAGUGCAGUUUCAACAAAUGUGGGGUGUUCGCAACCCUAUAACGAAAGGCAGUACGACGCAGUUUUUCACAAGUGACGAUAACGGUUGGAAAUUAGUAACCAUUGAUGAAAAUAAACAUUCAGGAAGUGCUCCAGAAAUAUUCCAUAAAAUGCUACGCUCUGCAUACUUUCGUCUUCUUGUCAUGGGUGUUGUGUUAGCGAAUGGAAUUAUUACUGCUACUAUGAAUUUUAAACACGAUGACAACCCUAGAGAAUUUUUUUACCAAAAAUAUUACUACAUUGAGAUCGCAUUUACUAUUUUUUUGGAUUUGGAAGCAUUGAUAAAAAUAUGGUGUUUGGGUUGGAAGGGUUAUUUCAAACACUCUGUUCAUAAGUUUGAAUUACUUUUGGCUGUCGGUACUACGAUUCAUAUAAUUCCUCAACUCUAUAUGUCAGGUUUUACUUACUUCCAGGUUCUACGUAUAGUUAGGUUAAUAAAAGCUUCUCCACUAUUGGAGGGUUUUGUUUACAAAAUCUUCGGUCCUGGCAAGAAACUUGGCAGCCUCAUCAUAUUUACCAUGUGUUUGUUAAUUAUAAGUUCUUCAAUCUCGAUGCAACUCUUCUGUUUUCUCUGUGAGUUCACUAAAUUUGAAACAUUUCCUGAGGCUUUUAUGUCCAUGUUCCAAAUUUUAACACAAGAAGCAUGGGUUGAAGUGAUGGACGAAACAAUGGUCAGAACCAGUCAAACCUUGACACCGUUGGUCGCUAUUUAUUUCAUUUUAUACCAUCUAUUUGUCACAUUGAUCGUACUGUCGCUGUUUGUCGCAGUUAUUUUAGACAAUCUAGAGUUGGACGAAGACAUAAAAAAAUUAAAACAACUCCGCUACCGUCAGCAAAGCGCAGAGAUAAAAGAAAGCUUGCCCUUCAGGUUAAGAAUCUUCGAGAAAUUUCCAGACAGUCCUCAAAUGACGAAAUUACACAAAGUUCCUGGCGAUUUCAAUUUGCCAAAGGUACGCGAAUCAUUUAUGCGUCAAUUUGUGUGCGAAGUGGAGGGCGAGGAGGAGGCGGCGGCGGGCGCGGGGGCGGGGGCGGGCGCGCGCUCCGGCGACCUAUCACGGCGAGCCAUAGAGUACAUAGGCGUGGACAAGAUCGCGUUCCCCUACCGCAAACGGUGCCUGGUCAAGACACUAGUGGUGGCCCCGCCCUCGCAGCGGCCCAGCUCCGCCCUACGGAGACAUGUCGUCGCUUCAAUUAUUAAUGAUUCAAACAAUCACCGACGCUUGGUGCUGGGGGACUCGGCGAUGUUGGCUACGGGCGGCAAGUCGGGCCUCAAGUCGCAGGGCACUAUAUCGAGCGCCAAACAGCUGCGGGUAGAUCAAAAAAAAUUCGGGUCGCGGUCGAUCCGGCGCUCGGUGCGCAGCGGGUCGCUGAAGCUGAAGCAGACGUACGAGCACCUGCUGGAGAACGGCGACAUCGGCGCGGCGUCGCGCGUCGUGCCCUCCUCGCGCGCGCGCCCGCCCUACCUCGACAUCCGCCUGCUGCAGGCCAAGCGCCAGCAGGCGGAGAUGAGAAGGAACCAACGAGAGGAGGACCUGCGCGAGAACCACCCGCUGUUCGACACGCCGCUGCUGCUGGUGCCGCGCGAGUCGCGCUUCCGCAAGCUGUGCCGCGCCGUGGUGGACGCGCGCUACGACGCCCGCCUGCGCGACCCCGUCACCGGCAACGAGCGCAAAGUCCACUACAAAAGCUUCCACAAUUUUCUUGGCUUGGUGACUUACCUGGACUGGGUGAUGAUUAUGGUUACAACUCUGUCAUGCUUGUCGAUGAUGUUUGAAACGCCCACAUACAGGGUUAUGGAAAACUUUGUACUGCAGAUCGCAGAAUACGGCUUCGUGAUAUUUAUGAGUUUGGAAUUGGCGUUAAAAAUAUUAGCCGACGGAUUAUUUUUUACACCUAAAGCAUAUCUAAAAGACGCUGCAGCUGUAUUGGAUGUAUUUAUUUAUGUGGUGUCGUUGACGUUCCUGUGCUGGAUGCCAGUGCGGGUGCCGCCGGGCUCGCCCGCGCAGAUGUUAAUGAUCCUGCGCUGCGUGCGUCCUCUACGCAUAUUCACGCUCGUGCCGCAUAUGCGCAAAGUCGUCUACGAACUUUGCAGGGGCUUUAAAGAAAUUCUUCUGGUCUCGACUUUGCUCAUACUGUUGAUGUUCGUGUUUGCGAGUUAUGGCGUCCAGCUCUACGGUGGAAGGUUGGCGCGCUGCAACGACCCGACGAUUACGCGGCGUGAGGACUGCGUGGGAGUGUUCAUGCGGCGCGUCUUCGUCACCAAGAUGAAGAUCAAGCCCGGCCCCAACGAGACCUUCCCCUCCAUGCUCGUGCCAAGAGUUUGGGCAAAUCCAAAACGAUUCAGUUUCGAUAACAUCGGCGACGCGCUGCUGACCCUGUUUGAAGUGCUGUCGUUCAAGGGCUGGUUGGAUGUCCGCGAUGUGCUCAUCAAAGCAUUAGGACCCGUACACGCGAUAUACAUCCACGUGUAUAUAUUCCUGGGCUGCAUGAUCGGGCUGACGCUGUUCGUGGGCGUCGUCAUCGCCAACUACUCGGAGAAUAAAGGCACCGCCCUGCUCACUGUCGACCAGCGACGAUGGUGUGACUUGAAGAAGCGGCUGAAAAUCGCGCAGCCGCUGCACCUGCCGCCGCGGCCCGACGGCCGCAAGGUGCGCGCCUUCGCCUACGACGUCACGCAGAACCUCUCCUUCAAGCGCGUCAUCGCCAUCGUCGUGCUCAUCAACAGCGCCCUGCUCGCCGUCACGUGGUCGCGGCACUCGUCGAACACGGAGCGGCUGGCGCUGACGUCGGCGCUGCUGACGCUGGUGUUCGUGGUGGAGGUGGUGCUGAAGACGGUGGCGUUCACGCCGCGCGGCUACUGGCAGAGCCGCCGCAACCGCUACGACCUGCUCGUCACCCUCGCCGGCUGCAUCUGGAUAUUUAUGCACUUUACGCUCAAGAACGACCUGUCGUACUUCGUGGGGUUCAUGGUGGUGAUCCUGCGGUUCUUCACGAUCACUGGCAAGCACACGACGCUCAAGAUGCUGAUGCUGACCGUCGGCGUCAGCGUCUGCAAGAGCUUCUUCAUCAUCUUCGGCAUGUUUCUGCUCGUCUUCUUCUACGCUCUCGCCGGUACCAUCGUGUUCGGCAACGUCAAGUACGGCGAAGGAAUCGGAAGGCGCGCGAACUUCAACUCGCCGAUCCACAGCGUGGCGAUGCUGUUCCGCAUCGUGACGGGCGAGGACUGGAACAAGAUAAUGCACGACUGCAUGGUGGCGCCGCCCUACUGCACGCCCGCAGACAACUACUGGGAGACCGACUGCGGCAACUUCACCGCCUCGCUCGCCUACUUCUGCACCUUCUACGUCAUCAUCACCUACAUCGUGCUCAACCUGCUCGUCGCUAUAAUAAUGGAAAACUUCUCCUUAUUCUACUCAAACGAGGAAGACGCGCUGCUGUCGUACGCGGAUAUCAGAAACUUCCAGAACACCUGGAAUAUUGUCGACGUCCACCAGAAGGGAGUCAUCCCAGUACGGAAGGUGAAGUUCAUCCUGCGCCUGCUGAAGGGUCGGCUGGAGUGCGACACGCACAAGGAGCGGCUGCUGUUCAAGUACAUGUGCUAUGAGCUCGAGCGUCUGCAUAACGGAGAGGACGUCACCUUCCACGACGUGCUCAACAUGCUGUCGUACCGCACGGUGGACAUCCGCAAGGCGCUGCAGAUGGAGGAGCUGCUGGCGCGCGAGGAGUUCGAGUUCCUGAUAGAGGAGGAGGUGGCCAAGCAGACCAUACGCACCUGGCUCGAGGGCUGCCUCAAGAAGAUACGCGCCAACACCAACAAACAACAAACGAGCCUGAUCGCCGGCCUGAGGAAGACCAACGAGCAGAUCAUCGACAUGCCCAAUGACAAAACCGACAAGGACAAGGAAACUGAGGCACAGGCCGUUACUAAUGCAGGCCGCACGGAGAUGACAGAGUCCACCUCGCAACCUAUUAUGUCCAAUAUAAGUACGUCGUUCGACUCGCAGCCGAAGCGAUCGUCUACAAAGGGGCAAUUCAAGAGACCCGGCUUGCCCUCCGUUACCUUGCCCAGACCGGAGAGCCCCGUCAAGAAGUAUCUGCAACCGACCCUGAGCGACCCACAUCCUACAUUGAACAAAAAAUCCCCACCUUUUUGA